UCAUACCCAGACCCAGUUUGUUCUUGCAAGCCGCAAGCCGCAACGCGCGCGUUCAAAGCAAUUCGUUAGUUUUACAUAUUUUUACAGUUAUUUAGAGUGAAUCCAACACUAUCUGAAAUCUACAUUGCCAACAGCAAUUUAAUGGGUCAGACCCUGAUGACAACAAAGUAAAUAUCUUAUACAUUUCAAAAUGUCUCAACCAAGGGAUCUUGAUAGUUCUUUGAGGCUGCUUGAUUGUGCUCUUGCCAACUCUACGGCUAGAGGCUCGCCAAGAAUUGGGCAUGGCUCUCAACGCACCAUUAGGUCUCACAGUCAGUCAACAUCAGUGUACAAUAGAACUGUGUCCAACGCCAGAGAUGAUACUCUUGAUGCAAGUAUCAUUGGUAUGGCAAGUGGACGACUCAGUGUUGCCCCAGCAGCUCGUCGUCCUCUACCCCAAAAUGCUCAAUUGGUUCAUGAUGUCUCCAUAACUCUUGCUCCUCAUGAAUUUGAGUUGUUUGGGAAUCAGUCUGUUCUCUCAAAGACUCUGUCACAAGGAAAUUGGACUGAUACCUGGGAUAGAUUGCACAUUCAAUUCUUAGAGAGCUUUCUUACUCAUGGGUCUGAACAACAAGUGUUUGAAAUUGUUGGAGAUUUCAUUCAAAACUGCACUGAUACUCUUGAAGUGCUUCAAGAAGAGUGUGCUAAAAAGGGCCUAGAUCAGAAGGAUCUUCUCUGGCUUAGAAAUGAGCGGAAUACAUGGGGGCUUCUCUAUUGCUUAUAUCAGAACAGACUGAGCAGCAGGCAUCGGGCUGCCUUAGAUUCUCCAGGAGAUGGUCAAUGUACUCUAAUGGAGGAUGAUAGUAGAAAUAGCUUAAGUCUCAAGCAACACCUCAGUGAAAAAGAUGUUGUAAACCAAUUGUAUGAGAAUGACCCAGUAGUUACAGAGUGUCAGCUUGUUAUUGAUUGGCUUGAAAAAUGUGCUGCAGACCACAAAGUUGAAUCUGGCGGUCCUGAAAUAGGUCAUUUCACAGAUAAAAUUGUUGCAUGGGAGAAUACUCUCCUGCAAUUGAAAAUGAACAAGGAAAGAGACUCCACCAUUGCUUAUGGUGCUACCAAAAGUAUUGUUUCUCGACUAGAUCCUGAUGCUCCAAUCAGGGAAAACCGAUCUCUUCAUGACUUGGACUGGGAAGAUGAAGCAAGAUUAAUGCAUCAAAUAUUUGUUGAGAUUCGAUGUGGACGCCUGGAUGCUGCCCAAUCCCUUUGUUGUCAUUGUGGUCAACCCUGGAGGGCUGCAGUGCUGGAAGGUUGGAGACUUCUUCAUGAUCCAAAUUAUGAAUCCGCUCCCACAGCAGGAUCAGUGUCGUGUAAAAUGCCUAUUGAAGGAAAUCCCAACAGAGAUUUGUGGAAAGUAUGUGCUUGGCGAAUGUCAGAAGAUUACAAAAUGCCAGUCUAUACCAGAGCUACCCAAGGAGUUCUGUGUGGCAACUUAGAUGCCCUCUUGCCUGUAUGCCAAAAAUGGGAGGAUGUGUUAUGGGCCCAUUUAAGAGUUCUUGUCGAUAUCCGUGUGGAAACAGAAAUACGUUCCCAGUUGGGUUUCAACAGAGAAUAUGCAGAAAUGCCUGAAAAGUACUGGCAGAAAGACCUCACUCUUGAAGAAAUUUUUGAACAACUGGGUAAACAUCAAAAUUGCAGAGAAGAGGCCUCGAAGCCAGAUCACCGAGUUCAAGAGCUUUUAAUCCUUGAGAAGAUUGGUCCACUUCUAAAUCGAAUGGAAGAGUGGUCAAUGGACUGUGGACCUCAGAUGCUUCGAUUUUUUGCUCAUUUAGUUCUUGUUCUUAGAUUGUUAGGCCACAGUGAUCUUGCUGGUGACAAUGUCAUUCAAUCUUAUGUGAAGUACCUUAUUGGCUUACGUGAACCAAGGCUGGUUGCUCAUUAUGUAGCACAGUUACCUCAAGAAGAGCAGAUCAGCAAUUAUGCGUCCUUUUUGGCUACAGUAACUGAUGACGAAGAGAGACAAGCUUGUCUAGCAGAAGCUGAAGAAGCUGGUCUUGAUAUUGAAACCAUUACUACCACAGUUGUAGAAAUGAUAAGAAAACAGGAAACUAAAUGUCUUAUAACAAGUGAAACAACUGCAAGUGAUCUAAAGAAGAUAUCUGCUCUAGAUUGGCUUGUCUUUUACCCAGCCCAAAGAGCUGAAGCCCUUUGGCAAGCUAAUGCACUCAUGCGCUCUUUUCUUGCUGCAGGCAAGAUAGAUGCAACCACCAAGGCAUUCAAUAAGAUACCGUCUGAUUCUAUUACUAAGAUUGUUGAAGAGUUUCAAGUAAGGGCUGAUGAAAUAGAUGUGAAUUUACAAGAAAAUUUGCCUCGUAGGGUGGCUGCUUCCAUUAGAGAAUACUUCUGUUACAAAGCUUAUUUAGAUGCAAAGGAUGGUUUUUCUGAUUGGCAUCAACAUUUUCACAAUGCUAAACCAAACAAGCCAACUGAUCCUGGUGAGAAUGCAACAUUCCAGGAGAGGGUAGCAUAUGAUCACCGCAUUGCGGUGUAUCAACGGGAACUAGACCGCUGGAAGCAAACAAUGCAGAGUCAAACUAAGACUGUUAGAUCUUUACUAUACAAUGUACUACUUUUCCCGGCCGGUGGAUGGCUUGUAGACUCUAUGAGCUCUGUGGAGCCGACAGAACUAAUGUCUCAUGAAGAUGACCAGGACAAGUUAAGAAAGAAAGAACUUGAUUAUCUUCGAGCACAGUGUAUUCCUGAAGUUGUCCUGUUACUUCACACUGUCUUAUUCAACAUGGGAGACUUUGCUGAAUGUGUCCGCUUAUCCGAUCUUGUGGUAACCGAACAGUACGAAUUGUACAAGGUGUACUCAACAGAGCAACUAGGGGAGCUUAUGGUUAAGAUAGCAGAUGCAUCCUUAGCUUUACUUGAACACAAAAAGGAUCCCUGGGGAUUACCUCUAUCAUCAUGAGAAUUUGUAAUGGGUAAGCCGUCAAUCAGAAAUUGUUUGCUUUAAAAGACCUUAAAAGUAUACCAUCUCAAUGUUGCAUGUAAUACACUAAGCCUCAAAUGUGUAAAUAGUCAUGGUUUGUUAGAGGGGAUUUGUUUUGAAGCUAGUAGGAUUCUAAGAUGUACCUCAAUUAUUUAGAGGAUGUGCUUUUAAGAUUUAAUCAACUUUUUUAAUCUCUGUGUGUCAAUGAAAACUAUCGAAAUGUUAUUUCUAUUGGAAUCAGCAAUGAAUUGUAGAUGCAGUUUUGUACUUAAAUGUCAAAUUAUAUCAAAUACCUCUUCAGUUUAUUUCCAGUGAGUCCAGGCUUUAACGAAGAGUCAAUUUAUAUAGCAGUAUUUUGAAAGGUGGUAUAAUUUUAUUCUAGGCCUCUACUCAAAAUAUUAUUCAGACUGGUAUACUUAGAUUCAGAAAAAAUACAUGAUCUUUGGAGUGUCUUUUACUCUUUAAAAAAUUA